CUCAUUGAUCUGUCAAAUAUUAACCUUAAAAUCACCAUUCAAAACAUUUCGAAAUUACGUAAUUUAUAACCCUUUUUAAAAGGAAAAAAUGGUGAAAUCCUCCCCAACCGGGGGCGUAAUGCCCAUGGAUCUCGCGGGUCGCCUCGCCCGCGAAAGAGAACGUCUCCUGGGCAUGACAGACGCCGAAAGAGCCUUCCGUAAGCAAUACUUAAAAGAUCAAGAAUUAGCCCAUGGAGAACCAAAAUUCGUUCCGGAACUCUACAGGGAAACCGUAAACCCCAUCCGUCGACUUUACCGUGCACCCUUAGACGCAUUUCGUGUAAUGAUCACCCCGAUUGUUGGCGCACAAAGGGCCCUUCAUAUUCGUUACUUCGCCGGAAAAUUCUUGAUGAUUACACUUUUUGCUUAUGGAUGCACUUAUUAUUUUAAGUAUAAUGGAAACGAUUGGACUCGCCCUGGAGGUUGGAGAAAAGUUGAAUCGCGAAUUGCAGUAUUCCCCGGUGAUCCUGAAUUUCCUAAAGUUUCAGAACGAACAGUCGGAGCUGAUUAUGCUUCUAGAGGAUUUAAAGAUGUAAAAGUUAAUUUGUAAAUUAAGAAAAGGCGAAUAAUUGUGUAGUUAUUUGUUAUGUUAAUAAAUUAUAACGAAAUAUAAUUUAAUUUAUUUUGA